AUGCUCCAAGAGCUCAACGUCGGCCUCUGCGCAUCGAUUCGAGCGGCUGGUCACGCGCACAACGUCCCUGAACGAAGCAUUCGUCCCCGGCUCGCUAAACGACAAGAUUCACGUACCGCGUACGCUCACGAACAGCGACUACAACUACGACGCGAAGAGUACUGA